AUGCUUGUACUUUCGGCGCUGGGUAUUCCAAGUGCGAUUGGCAUCGAUGCAAUGCGAAGGUCUUGGAUGUCGAAGGAGAUAACUUUAAAUACUCCAGCAUCGGUCACAGCGAUUGGCUCUGUCGCGAUCACUCCUGUAAGGCGAAAGACAAAGACAAGCAAUGCUAUGAGGAGCGCUACAGGAACUCGCAAUACUGCAAAGAGCACUCCAAAGAGUUCCAGUGCAAGAUGCCGAAAUGCGAUUCCGACCGAGAUGGUUCUGAACGGUACUGCAAGAAACACCAUUGUGGAGUGGACGACUGCCACCGUCGAGUACUCAGCUUAG